GAAAACAUAUCUUAAUAUUGGAAGAUAUUUCUUUACUUUCCGCACAUAUUAACAAUAACAAUACAAAUAAUCAAACCAUCAAUGUUCUUUGGUUACCCCAAAGUAACAAUUCCGCACGCAGCCUUAACAGAAUCAAUCGUACACCCCGAGGGGCUACACCACGAACCACACGAACCAGUCGUACAACAUUAUCCCAAAUGGGUCCAACAACCAUAAACUCUAAUCUUCAAGCCACUUUAGAAGCAAACCCAUUAUCACUAACAGUUAACCAAACUUCGCAAAGUCAAGAAAUUCAAUAUCAAAACAAUUUAACAGACCAAGACUCCGCUUAA